AAGAGAAAGCAGACAGGAGGAGAAAGCAUAGAGGGGAAAAAAAAAGGAGUGAGGGAUAGAGAGUCAGUGGCGGAGAAAACCACUCUGACCCUUCAACAACAAAGGAAAGAGCCAAAAGGCUCAUCAAAAGCCAAUAUAUAGCCAAAGUUACUGAGUAGAGUCAAAACUUGGGACAUCCGACUACGUCUUUUGCAAACAAAAAGGCCUUACUUGAAUUUGAAGCUUGCAAGUGAAACCGAGAUAUGGAUUCCUCGACAGUGCUGUUUAACCAGCUAAAGGCUGCAGAACCUUUUUUCGUAUUAGCAGGCCCCAAUGUUAUUGAAUCUGAGGAGCAUAUUCUACGGAUGGCCAAACAUAUAAAGAGUAUCACCACCAAAGUUGGGUUGCCGCUGGUUUUCAAGUCAAGCUUUGACAAAGCUAACCGCACAUCGUCAAAAUCAUUCCGUGGUCCCGGUAUGGCUGAAGGAUUGAAGAUCCUUGAAAAGGUCAAAACAAUGUACGACCUUCCCAUAGUGACUGAUGUGCAUGAGGCUAGCCAGUGUGAACCUGUUGGCAGAGUUGCAGAUAUAAUUCAAAUUCCAGCUUUCCUUUGCCGCCAGACAGACCUUCUAGUUGCAGCUGCCAAGACUGGAAAAAUUAUCAAUAUUAAGAAAGGCCAAUUUUGUGCUCCUUCUGUCAUGGCAAACUCUGCAGAGAAAGUAAGAUUGGCUGGGAACCAAAAUGUGAUGGUUUGUGAGCGAGGCACCAUGUUCGGCUAUAAUGAUUUGAUUGUUGAUCCACGCAACUUGGAAUGGAUGAGAGAAGCAAAUUGCCCUAUUGUAGCAGAUGUUACGCAUUCACUGCAACAACCUGCUGGGAGAAAGCUGGAAGGUGGAGGUGUUGCCAGUGGAGGUCUCCGUGAACUAAUACCAUGCAUUGCAAGGACAUCAGUUGCAGUUGGGGUGGAUGGAAUCUUCAUGGAGGUGCACGAUGAUCCUCUUAAAGCACCUGUAGAUGGGCCAACACAAUGGCCUCUGCGCCACUUGGAGGAGCUACUAGAAGAGCUCAUUGCUAUAGCUAGGGUCAGCAAGGGGAAAAAACCAUUCAAAAUCGAUCUUACACCGUUCCAAGAUCAUGGGGAUUCUUGAAACGCCUGUUCAUGAUGAGAAACCAUAACCGGAUAAUGCUAUCUAGAGAACUGCAUCCUCAUUUUACGAGUUAAAAGUAAUUCUGAGGUUACAGUAUGUCGCCAGUUAUUUGGUUAGACAUUUAUUAGAUCAGAUGAGUUCACCAAUUGUUCGUUCAUAUUUAUAUGAUGCUGCUGCUGGGUUGAGCAUUUUGAAACACAGCAUAUCUCAUUUGUGUUCAUAUUUAUGUAAACAACAUGUCUAUCAUCUAAAAACCUAGAAUGUUGAUGCUGGAAUGAUUCAUACAUUAUCUGAGCAUGGGAGCAUUUCCUUUUUUA